CACAACACAAACUCAGCACCUGCAGAAGAUGGACUUGAGCUCAAUAAGCGAACUUCAGGAGCAAAUUCGCACUCUGACUGACGAAAAUGUUCAACUGCGGAAACUAAACGAAGCUCUGUUCAAUAAUCUUGGCUCCGUCCAGAACAAACUGGGCCAGCAGGCUGUGUCAAAGAGUGACCUGUCUGUCAAACUGGUACAGUGUGAAGAAGAUAAAUUAAAGAUCUCUAAAGACCUUGUUGAUGUGCAGAUAGAGGCCAAUAAAAUGAGAGAGCAGUAUGAAGCUGAGAUCUUUGAGCUUAAAAACAUGGUGUUAUCGCAGGAGGGUACUGUCUUGUCUCUUGAGACUGAACGUGACCGACUUAGACAGGAAGUGUCAGCCGCAUUGACACGUUUAGAGGUCAUUGAAAAAAACGAGCGUGACCUACUGGAGGAGUAUGCAGUGUCAAAGAGGAACUUCCUGUCGUUGAGCGCCGCUUAUGAGCGAGAGCUCACACACACAGAGGAACUCAGUACCGAGCUGCUCGCCCUUGCACACACACAUGACACACUCCUACAGGAGAGAGAGCGAACACGUAGACACACACUGGAGGUGGAGAGAGUACGAGCGUUCCUCAGCAGGUCGUCACAUGACAGAGUCAGGCCAGAGGAGUCUGAACAGAUCAAGGGUCCACUGGAGAGAAAUGAAGCUCAGAAUAACCUGAGAGAAGAGCUAGAAAAACUGAGGAGGAGUUACGAAGGCCACCAACGACAACUAGAGGAGAAAGUUGUUGCGAUGGGGAAAGAACAGCAAGAGAAUAAAAGAGCCAUUCAAAACACCCGCCACGAGCUCGCCCAGCAAUCUGCAACGCUGGUUAUUUCUCACCAUCAGCUGAAGGAAGCAAAAGCUCAGAUCUCGAAACUACAGAAUGAUCUAAAGGAACUCAACAGAGAGUACAGGGCACGACUCACACGCUAUAUUCAGGACAUUACAGAGUGUGUGUCUGCAUCUGAUGUUAAGGAUUUAGGAGAGACGUUAAAGGGGUUUGUUGAAUCCAUGCUGGAGGAGGUGAAAACAUCAUAUCGCUCCAGAGAGGAACAACUCACCCAAGCUGUCAGAACAUUCCACAAACGCAUUCAGGAUCUGAGCAACACAUAUCAACAAUUGCUCAUUGCUUACAGACUGCAACGUGAGCAGAUCCUGGCACUGCCUCAGCACUCUUUAGAGGCCGGACCCCCUGAGGCCCACUUCAGUCCCGCCGGGACAGAACUGAGAGGAGAGACAGAAAGAGAACUACAGAGACUGAGAGAGGACAAAGCCAGACUGGAGAGCCAACUGAAACUGGCUCAAGAACAGAUAGCUGUGUUAUCAGAGUCGCCUCAAAGGGCUGGACUGACUCAAGACGCCUGGAAUGACAUAAAGAAACAGCUCAGAGAAAUAAUAAACUCCACACAGGAAGCUCAAGAAAGAGAGCGUGCACAGCUCAUCACCAGGGCAAUAGUUGCCGAGGAGCAGGUAUCUGAGCUGAAAGAGUAUGUGGACAAUCACCUGGGCAGGUAUAAACUGGAGAUAACGCGACUGCGCAGGCUGCUGGGAUCGAAGGAGGGAGGGUCAAAUAGUGCAGGGGUCCAUAAGCCCCGCCCACUCCACAAAUCAAUCAAAAACACCAGUUAUGAGAUAUAGUACAGGGGUUUGUAAACUCCACCCCCUACAAAUCAAUCAAAAACAGUCGUUAUGAGAUGAAGUACAGCAGUACAUAAGCCCCGCCCACUCCACAAAUCAAUCAACAACAGUCAAGCAAACUGAAAUAGUACUAAUGACUUUAGAAAUUCUUCAGGUAGCAAAAAAAUAAAAAAAUAAAAAAUAAACAGAUAAUUAACCCUGUAAAGCCUGACAUAUGAAAGAAUUGUCAGAAAAUUGUAAUUAGUUUAUAUUAAACUGAUUUUAGUACCAUUAGACAAACUAUAAAAAUAAUAAUAUUUGAUACAUUAGGCUUUAAAGGUCAUAAUCCUCCUGAGGCCCAGCAAUUAAUUUUUGUGUAGGACAUUUGUUAUUUAAGUUUUUCUACAAUGGUAAAUCUUGGGGUAUUAUCAGAGGACUCCCUGGGCUUUUCAGAGAUACUAAAUGUUUGAGAGUUUAGCCAUGACUACUUCCUCUCCUUGUUCUAUAAAUAUGGAUUGAAAUGUAUCACAGUUCAAUUCAGCACAUCAAAUACAACAUGAAUAAAAUAUUCUUUUUUCAAUAAACUGUUUUUAUCAUAUGUAUUUUAUGCACCAAACACUAUAUUGACAUUUAAAAAAAAGGAAAUUGUAAAACUUUUUCGCUGGGUCUCAGGAACUUAUGGUAAGAUGACAUCAUAAUAGCUUGAAAUGUAAUAUAAUGAGAUCUUUAUAAUGUCAGAGCAGGCUGCAUAUAUGAAAAUACAAAUAAAUAUUAGUUCACACUUUAAAUAUCUUAUAACAUGUGUUUGUCAGAAUUUCCAAAGCUCUGUGAUUUUUUUGUUUGUUUUUGUGAUGGGCAUGAAUGUAAUGUAAUGGUGAUUGAGAGAUUUACCUCAAAAGCCUGUUGAAUCAUAUUUGAUACAUGGAUUUCAACAGGCUUUUUCAAUAAAAUAAUAUUCAAAAUUUUAACCAAGCACAAUUUGCUUAGAUUCGGCAAAUACUCAUUUUAAAAUAUCAGUAACAAUAUAAUCAUUACUGUCACUUUCACUUUAUUAAAAUAAGCUGUCAUUUAUCCCAACAAAAGAGUCACUUUUUCAUGCAAAUUAAAACAAUCAUAAACAAUGUUAGCCAAUCAAUAAGUGUUUUAUCAGUGAAAGGUCAUUAAUGUUUUAAGUACAACCCAAUCGACACCUAAAUCUUAAGGCCUGAGAAUACUUGGGCUUUCCUCAAAUGGAAGUAUACCCUAGCAUUCAAAGCCUAUCCAUUUAACCCACUUUUGAUUUGCAUAUAAACGCUUUUAUCAGCAUUCUUUCAUCUUAUUCUUGUGCACAUGUGUAUAUAUGUUUUGAUGAGGGAUGUACUGUUUUUUUUUUUUUUUUAAUCAAAAACCCAUAGGCCGAUACUGAUAUUAUGUCACUUACCUUAUUUUGUCAUCAGAUCAUUAUUUUACUGUGGAAUUAUGCUUUCAGAUUUGACAAAGAGGUACAAAAGUUUUUCACUGUUCUAACAGUAAAUCAUUUCCAUUGAACAUUAAAUGUGUUGAACACAUGACAGGCCAAAAAACUUUAAAGAUAGCCACAAUAAAAGAUAAUUAGAAGAUAAAAAGAAAAAAUAACUUAAUAUGAUAACAUGAUGAUUAAUACAAAAAAGGUUAUUUUGUACUUCUAAAACAUUUUUGCACUUCUGUUUUUGCAGUUCAAAAGAACAGAACUCACAUUUAACAUGUAUGUACUGCAUAUGAUAGGAAAUUACACAUUAUACUAUGCAUAUGUUGGGCAAUUCCACGGAAAUGUCAAUCACAUCAUGGAAAAAUAAAGUUUAAACCAAAGGAACAAAACCCCCUUUUAAAUUCUGUAUUAUAGUGGUAUAAUGGACAGUGCCAUCCAGACCGCUAGAGGGCGCCGCUUGCUCACACAGCGCUGACUGAAGCACUGAAUGCAGAAUCGCAGCCUUUGCGAUUUCAAUCUUAAUUCAAUCAAUCAUGCAGCAUUAAUAGAUAUCAUACCAAUGUCUCAGAAGUCAAAGUCUGCUGGUUUCAAAGCAUUUUGGAUGGUUUCUCUUAUCAUUUAGCCUAUAGAUAAGCACCUCUUUCACAACUUUCACAUCCAUUUAUAGCAGUUUUUCCACAUUUCAGAAAUUACAAGUCAUGUUGACACUGUUGUAACCAUCGCUGUGGUGCAUGUAACCAAUGUAACUACACAUAUCGUUGUACAUCAUUCAAACAUCCUCACACUGGAAAAUCUAUUCCGAUAAAAGGUAUAAUUAGCUGCAAAACAAAAACUGUGAUUUACUUAAUAACGUGUCCUUGCGGUAAAUCAUAUGUGGGGAAAACAAGCAGGGAAUUAAAAACACGAAUUGCAGAACAUCAUAGUACUAUAAGAUGUGCUGCUAAUGGGUCAUUUAUAUUUUUACAUCUUAUAGAACUAUAAUCAUCCAGUUGCAUAUUUAUGUUACAUAGGUAUUGAGAAGGUGUCACUACCGAGAAGAGGUGAGGAUUUAGAUCAACUCUUGCUAAAACGAGAAGCCUUUUGGAUACACAGAUUAAAACUUUGGUGCCACAUGGUUUGAAUGUUGAUUUUGAAUUGAGUUGUUUUUUAUAAAUGAAGAAAUUAAAUAAUUUUUUACACUUCUUCAAUUCUUUUAGAGAACUCCCAACCUUCAAUUCAUGUUUGUGUGUGUGUGUAUAUAUCUCUGAGCGUAUAUGUGUAUGUAUAUAUGUAUAUAUGUAUAUGGUUUGUGUAUAGGGCUCUCUAAUAAUAUGAUGUGGUGGCUCUUUAGGAUUUAAUUGUAUCUCAUGGUUUUAAAUGUGCUUAAGUAAAGUUUCUUGUGACAUACAAAUCAGCCUGAUAUCUCAAUUGUCUUUAUUGGUUGAGACAGGCUUGUUAGCUAAUUACUAAACGUCUAUUGUGAUGUCACUGCUCUCACCUGUGUGUAAUGACAGACUCUAUUUAUACUGCUCUCCAUUGUGAGGAAAUUGUACCUUGACAAAGGUUUGUUGUCGAAACAUUGGUAAUAAAAUAAACUUGUAAGAGAGUGUGCAGUUAUAUAUAUUUUUUCUUUUGAAAGUUUUGUCCUAACUUGCAUCUCCAAACUUAAGGUGUGUGUUUGCUCAAGUGUCUCUCUAAAAGUUUUUCCGCAUUAACAAAAGAACAAGAAAGAAUACAAAUUUAAUAUAACAUGUUUAUAGGAGUGCCAACCCUUCUACAUAUUGUGGCUAUUAUUAUUUCUGGAUUGUGCAUUUAAAUUCACAGAGGUUUUACAAAGUGUGUUACUAAUUAAUUAUAAAUCAACCAUCAGUUUUUCAUAUAGGUGUUUUGAUGCUUAUAACUGAUAUGCCGAUGGUUUUAAUUUGGUCAAUAU